UCAAGCCUAUCUUAGCUUUUUUUGUUAAGGGAGGAGGAGUUGGAAAGAGGAAGAGAAGAUAGGAUGGCACAAGCACAACUGAUACCUGCGCAAGGCCAAGCGGAUCCCCGGUGCUUCCAUCUGAUAAGCGGGCACACCAUUCCCUCGGUGGGGCUCGGCACCUGGAGGUCUGGUUCCAAGGCCUCUGAUGCUGUCUUCACGGCCAUCACCGAGGCAGGAUAUAGACAUGUCGAUACAGCGGCAGAAUAUGGAGUUCAGGAAGAGGUGGGACAUGGCCUCGCAGCUGCUAUGCAAGCAGGGAUUGAUAGAAAAGACCUAUUCAUCACAUCCAAGAUAUGGUGCUCAGAUUUGUCUCCUGAUAGAGUCCGAACUGCACUGAAGACCACACUCCAGGAUCUACAACUUGAUUACCUGGAUCUCUACCUGAUCCACUGGCCCAUUCACUUGAAAGGAGGAGCACAUAAGCCACCAGAAGCAGAAGAAGUACAAGACUUUGACAUGGAAGGAGUGUGGAGAGAAAUGGAACAGCUGGUGAAAGAUGGACUAGUUAGGGAUAUUGGUGUCUGCAACUUCACACUCAAGAAGCUUGACAAGCUACUCCGAAUUGCACAAACCAUGCCCUCAGUGUGCCAGGUAUGUUAUCUCCUUUUUUUUUAUGUUUUUUUCAGGGCCCUACAAGUGAUGAAGCACUUAUCUUACUACUGGACUAAUGUCAUGUUUCCUUGGGCUGGAGCACAGAUGGAGAUGCACCCAGGUUGGAGGAAUGAUAAGAUGUUGGAGGCUUGUAAGAAAAAUGGGAUCCAUGUGACUGCCUACUCUCCCCUUGGAUCUCAGGAUGAUGGCCGUGAUCUUAUACAUGAUCCAACUGUUACAGAGGUAGCAAACAAGCUUAACAAGACCCCGGGGCAAGUCCUUGUGAGAUGGGCACUCCAGAGGGGGACCAGUGUCAUCCCCAAAUCAACAAAUGCUGAAAGAAUAAAGGAAAACAUCCAGGUUUUUGGAUGGGAAAUCCCUGAAGAAGAAUUCCGGGCUCUGAGUAGCAUCAGGGAUCAGAGGAGAGUCUUGGAUGGAGAAGAUAUAUUUGUGAACAAGACCCAUGGUCCAUACAGGUGUGCAGCCGACUUGUGGGACAACGAGGACUAGCUUGCCUACUUGGUUUUCUUAGGACUGUACCUUGAGAAUAAAAUGCAGUGUGUGCUGUAGUUGUACAAGUUUUGCUUGGUUUUCCUAGGACCGUACCUUAAGAAUAGAAUGCAAAGUGUGCUGUAGUUGUAAAAUUUUUGCUUUAGGAUAACUUUUGCUUUAUGCUCUUGUCUUUCGUUUUAUGCUUUGUGCUUCUAUGUUAUCCGGUUAAGGUGCUCAAUGUCUUGCUUAAAUACUGUGCUUGUUAUGUAUGGGUUUAGCUAAGAGUACGAGAGUUUCAAUGC